AUGGAACUCAAGAGGAAGCCCCACAGUAACAGAGCAAGUCAGGAAGUGUCUCCCGGACCAUAUAGUCUGACCCUGGGAACAAGCCAGCUCCGCUCAUAUAAUGUCCAUCAUAUGGCUGAAGAAGGGAUGCAUUGCAUAGCACUAAAAGGUUUGUGGUACCUCAACAAAUGCAUAUCCCAAAUUCAUGACGUGACAACAUUUGAUAAUUUUGAUGCUAGGGACAUCUCCGUUGUGGUGAUCAGUUUCUACCAGCACACCCUUGCCUUGACCUUUGCAGUAAAAGAGAUCAGAAAGGACCCAGAGAUCCUGCCCAACAUCACAUUCGGCUUCCAUAUCUAUGACAGCUAUUUCCGUACAAAGAUGACCUAUCGGACCACUCUGGAUGUGCUCUUCAAAUGGCAGAGAUUUCUUCCCAACUACAAGUGUGACACUCAGAAAAACUUGGUAGCCAUUAUUGGUGGACUUGAUUUUGAAACCUCCUUUCAUAUGGCAGAUAUCUUACAACUCUACAAAAUACCACAGCUCCAUGCACUUCUUCACAAUGUUUUGUUUAACAACUCAGCCAAAGAAUCGGUGUCAUUUAAUGAAAAAAGACAAAUGGAAGGAGGAUUUGAUAUUGUGAAUUUGGUCACUUUCCCAAACAAGUCCUUUGAAAAAGUGCAGGUUGGCCGAGUGGAUCUCAAUGCUCCUGAAGGCAAGGAACUCUUCAUAAAUGAGGCUAUGAUUGUGUGGCACCAGCACUUUAACCAGGUGGCUCCUGUUUCUCUCUGCAAUGAACCUUGUCUGCCUGGUACUCAGGAGAAAGGAAAGGAAGGGGAAAAGUUCUGCUGCUACAAUUGUGAUCCAUGCCCAGAAGGCAAGAUUUCCAAUAAGACUUAUAUGAAAGAGUGUUUCAAAUGCCCAGAAGAUCAGCAUCCAAACACAGACAAAGAUGGUUGCAUCCCCAGAGUUAUAACUUUUUUAUCUUACAAAGAUACUUUAGGAAUGAGCUUAGCUUUAGCUGCAAUUUCCUUCUCCCUGAUAACAGCAGUAGUGCUUGGAACUUUUCUUAAGUACAGCGAUACCCCCAUAGUCAGAGCCAACAACCGGGAGCUCGCAUACGUUCUCCUUCUCUCCCUCAUCCUCUGCUUCCUCUCUUCUUUGCUGUUCCUUGGCCAGCCUGGCACCGUGACCUGCCUUCUCAGACAACCAGCCUUUGGCACCAUCUUUUCUGUGGCUGUUUCUUGUGUCCUGGCAAAAACCGCCAUAGUUUCCCUUGCCUUUAGAGCUACAAAGCCUGGGUCCAGGCUGAAGACAUGGGUGGGGAAAGGGCUGGCUUACUACAUUGUUCUCCCAUGCUCUCUCAUUCAAGCCUGCAUUUGUACUGUGUGGCUGGCAACCUCUCCACCAUUCCCUGAUGUAGAUAUACACUCUGUGCCUGAAGAAAUCAUUGUGCAAUGUAAUGAGGGCUCAUCUACCAUGUUCUACUGUGUUUUAGGCUACAUGGGCCUGCUGGCCAUUUCCAGCUUCGUGGUGGCUUUCCAAGCCCGCAAAUUACCAGACACUUUCAAUGAAGCCAAGUUUAUCACCUUCAGCAUGCUGGUGUUUUGCAGCAUGUGGGUCUCCUUUGUUCCCACCUACCUGAGCACAAAAGGCAAAGACAUGGUGACUGUGGAGGUCUUCUCCAUCUUGGUCUCCAGUGCUGGGUUACUGGGCUGUAUUUUUUCCCCCAAAUGCUAUAUCAUUGUGAUGCGACCUGAACUGAACUGCAAGGAGCAGCUAAGACAGAGAUAG